CUUUGGCAACAACAUGACGACGAUGCGGAGCUGUGUGUAGGAGCGACCCCAGCAGACAUUGGAUCGAGCCGGUUUCCUGCUUGUCAAUCAGUCAAAGAUUAUCUUGUCUUUGCGUCUGAAAAGCAACAACUCGGCCUCGUAAAACAAACAACAUUUGUCAGAUUUCACCGAAAGUUAUCUUGAGCGCUUCAUUUCAAUGGGUGAGGAAAAGCCGGACACGCUGGACUUUGUGAAGGAUUUCCAGGAGUAUCUGAGCCAGCAGACUCAACAUGUCAACAUGAUAUCAGGCUCCGUAAGUGGUGUUAAGGAGGCGGACGAGCUGCCACCAGACUGUAGUCAGAAUGGACUGGAUCACCCCUCCGUGGACAUAUCACUGGAGGACAGCACAGGGAUCCUGGUGGAUGGUUUUGAGAGGACCUAUGAUGGCAAACUAAAGUGCCGCUAUUGCAACUAUGCCACCAGAGGCACGGCCAGACUCAUUGAGCAUAUCCGAAUUCACACCGGAGAGAAGCCUCAUCGUUGCCACCUCUGCCCGUUUGCCUCGGCCUACGAGCGUCACCUGGAGGCCCACAUGCGGUCCCACACAGGCGAGAAGCCGUACAAGUGUGAGCUGUGCUCUUUCCGCUGCAGCGAUCGUAGUAACCUGUCGCAUCAUCGCCGUCGACGGCACAAACUCCUUCCAAUGAAAGGUGCUCGCUCACUGUCCCACAAGAAGAUGCUGAGUGUUUUACAGAAGAAGGCCAGCUCUUUGGGCUAUGGCCGACGACUCCUAAUCAACUUCAGCCCCCCUUCUAUGGUGGUACACAAGGCGGACAAUGUGAAUGACUUCUCCCAUGAGCUGCCUCACUUGCGUCAGGAGACCUACGAUAGUCAGAGUCGAGCAGUGGAGGAUGGGCACUCGUCAAAUCAAAACCACCAUCACCAUGACUUGGUUAUGGAUAACCCCUUGAACCAGCUGUCCACCCUUGCAGGCCAGUUGGCCAGCCUCCCCUCUGAGUCCCAGGCCCAGACUCAACCUCCCAUGUCUCCAGGAGCAGAGUCCAUCGUGGACGAGAAGCCUUUCCUCAUCCAGCAGCCCCACCCUGCCACAGCUCCCGUUGCUGUCACGGCCAGCAUGGCCCACGCCUCCUCCUCUUCCCCAAUCACCCCAGAGCCGCGGGCUCCUCCCCACAGCCACUGCAGCCCAGGAGGGGGACCCUGCAGUGAGCACAGUGGGCGCACCAGUACCCCUAGUAUCUCAAACAGCCAACCUAGUACGCCUGCCCCAGGCCUGUCCGCCCCGCUCCAGGAUCCCCAUCACUGCCAGCACUGUGAUAUCUACUUCCCUGACAACAUCCUCUACACCAUCCACAUGGGCUGCCAUGGCUACGAAAACCCAUUCCAGUGCAACAUCUGUGGCCACAAGUGCAAGAGCAAGUAUGACUUUGCCUGCCACUUUGCCCGUGGACAGCACAAGUAAAGGACCACUGAAAAGGAAAACUACAAAAAAA